AAACAAAACGAGGAAAGAAAAAACACACAAAAAUAAAACAAAUUUUUAUUUUAAUUAAAAAAUAAUUUAAAAAUAAUGCAAUACUAAUAAAAUAAAAAGAAAUUAAACAAGAAUAAUUAUUAAAAAAAGAAAAUAAACAAAAUGAGUGCCGAUAAAGAUGAAGUGGAAGUGAAGAUGUAUGAAAAUUUGGAGAAAUAUUUUGGCUUUAAAGAAUUCAAGUCGGAGUUGCAGAAAAAAGCCAUCAAAUGUGCAGUGAAAAAAAAACGUGAUAUUUAUGUGAGUAUGCCUACAGGCUCCGGCAAGUCUCUAUGCUUUCAACUGCCAGGCCUCAUAGCUGAGGGUCAAAUUACCAUAGUUUUCUCACCCCUGUUGGCUUUGAUUAAAGAUCAAAUUGAUCAUUUGGCAAAGUGGAAGAUACAGGCCGAUUCGUUGAAUUCAAAAAUGUCUCAAAAGGAAAGAGAUCGCGUUGUGAAUGAUUUAAAGGCCAUUAAACCAAGCAUACGUUUCCUAUACAUCACACCCGAACAGGCGGCUACCAAGGGAUUCCAGGAAUUACUGGCACAAUUAGUAAAAUAUGAUAAAAUUGCUUAUGUGGCGGUAGAUGAAGCUCAUUGUGUUUCCCAGUGGGGUCAUGAUUUUCGUCCAGACUAUUUGAAAUUGGGUGAAUUGCGUAGGAAAUAUCCAAAAAUUCUAUGGAUGGCUUUAACGGCCACUGCCUCGAAACAUGUUCAAGAGGACAUAUUUAAACAGUUGAGUUUGAAUCAACCUGUAGCGAAAUUUUCCACACCCAGCUUUCGUAAGAAUCUUUUUUAUGAUGUCGUCUUUAAGAAUUCCAUCGAAGAUGAUUUCCAACAUUUGGCCAACUUUGCCUUGCAUUGUCUAGGCGAUGAAGAAGAAUUUCGCGAGACUUCCGCUUCCAAGCGUGGUUGUGGCAUUAUUUACUGUCGUACCCGUGAAAAUGUUGAGAGAGUUGCUUAUGGAGUUUCACGCCAGGGAGUGGCAGCCAUUGCCUAUCAUGCCGGCCUAAAGGGUGGUGAACGUGUUGAGGCUCAAGAGAAAUGGAUGAAUGGAGAAUAUCCCAUCAUAGUAGCCACCAACAGUUUUGGCAUGGGUGUUGAUAAAGCCUCGGUAAGAUUUGUCAUACACUGGGAUGUUCCUCAAAAUGUGGCGGCUUAUUAUCAAGAAUCUGGUCGCGCUGGUCGUGAUGGUCUUAAGUCCUAUUGUCGUCUCUAUUAUGGUCGUGAAGAUGUCAAAUCUAUACGUUUCCUUUUACAAAAUGAUAUAAACCGUUCUCGCUCAUCGUCGUGUUCGGGUAAACAAGAAAUGGCUCAGAGAGCUAUGAAAAAUUUCGAUGAAAUUGUUACAUUUUGUGAGAUGUUACAGUGUCGCCAUAAAUUGUUUUCGAAUUAUUUCGGUGAUCCGCCACCAGAUUGUGUGGAUAAAUGUGAUGUUUGUAAGAAUCCCAAGAAAAUGGAAAAGGCUCUACAGACGUUUCAUCGUUUGUGUAUGGAUGCGGCUUUCAAGACGGGCAUUUCUUUGGAAGAUAAUUCAGAUUUAUAUGAAGGUGGCCGUGCUGGCAGCAAAAGAACAGCUCAAGAAUACAACGAAGGUGAUGGCGGCUCUGAUGAUGAAUCCGGUGAUGUUUCACAUGCUCAAUUAGCUAAAAAGGCUAAACGUGAUACAGAAGAUUUUAUACGCAAACAAUUUCAAUUACGAAAAUGUUUAGAUGCAGCUAAAGAAUUGGAACAGGAAACUGCCACACAUAUGACACGAAUCCAUCAGGCGCAAGCGACGACAACAAAAGUAGCAGGACUAAAAAUAUCAAUGCGUGAGAAUUACUUAACGGCAUUAGCAGAUGCCCUUAAGGCAAAUGUACAGAAUAGUGAAGAGGACCGACCUAGAAGUGCCUUAGUUCAAAGAGAUUAUGAAGCAGUGGCAGCCGAUAUUGAAUAUGAAUGUUUUUCCAAACAAAAAGUGGCCAAUAUGUAUAGACAUGCGGUGGCAAAAGAGCUGGCACUUAUAAAGCAAUUGACCAGCAAACAACGUUUAAUGCCGGUGCUAAUGAAUUAUGUACCCAAACCUGAAGCUAAGAAGAGUGUUUGGAAUGGUGGCAGUGUGGAAUAUUUUCAGCGAAAACUUAAAGAAUUGGAAGAACAAAACCCACAACAAAAUGCAAGCAAUAGUGGUAAAAGUAAAAACGAUUUACCCAAAGCAUUAAGAAAACCCAAAAGUUAUAAACAAGACAUGACUAAGCAAACCACCAUUGGUAGUUUCUUCAAUGCCUCUAAAGAUUCAAAUGAGGAUUCUUCCAAUACCAGUACAGAGGACAAAGAGCCAGAGGAAAAUGUUAAUAUGGAUAUAAAAUUGGAAAAAAUCGAUUCACCAGAAAAUGAAGAGGAAUUGGGCAAUAAAUUAGAAGAGAAAGAGCUAAAAAUGGAUGUAGAUACUGAACCUGGUGCUAGUGAAGACAAUUUAGAAUUAUUGAUUUCUAAAGAACAAGAAUUAAAAUUACAAAUUGAAAAAUUGGAACAAGAAGAAAAGGCAGAAUUUAAAGAAGAGGAGACCAUGUCUAAAGAAAAUAAAAUGGUCAAUGAAAAUGAUGACAAAUCAUCAACGUUUAAAAAAUCCACUUCCUCAUCAUCAUCUUCUUCAUCUUAUGGCCAUUUAUUUAAAGCUAAAAGAACAUCACAUUUUCAUAAAGAUUCAAAAGACAAGUAUCGCAGUCAUUUAAUCUAUACACCACCUGAUCCUGAAAUGGAUAAUAAUAAAAACAAGGAUGAUAAUAAAGGUGAAGAGGAGGAGGAGGAAGAUGAGCAAGAAAAGGAACCGGAUGAUAUACUGUCAUUAUUGGAUAAAAUUGAAAAUGAAAAGAAAAAAUAUGAAGAAAGAAAAGAGAAGUUAAAAGAAAGAGAAAAAGAGAAAGAAAAAACUUUAAAUAACAAUGGCAGCAGUUUAAAUAAAGACAAAACAAACUCCUCUUACAGUCAGUACUCAACAAAUAAAGAUAAAGCUGCAAAUGAUAAAAUCUUUUUAAAACCAUCCUCCUCGACAUUGCCCCCAAAAACAAUGUCUUCUAAAGCAAAAUCAUCUAAUAAUCAUCAUACAUCGUCUAGUCGUUCUCAUAGUUCUACUAAUUCAACUGCCACCUUAUCUUCUUCAAAUUCCAGGGAAAGUAAAAGCAAAUCUCAUAAAGAAGCUGAAACAAAAACCUCCUCUUCCUCCUCCUCUAAUAGAACUUCAUCAGCCUCUAAACAGAAAUUACAAAAAGAACGUGAAGCCGCUCAGAAACAAUUAAAUGAUAUUAGUAAAUCCGUUGUAGACUAUUUGAAUCCUUACUAUAAACGUAAGAUUGCUACCAAAGAAUUGUUUAAAAUUUUAGCCAAACGUAUAACAAAUCGUGUUAUUGAGGGUAAAUUAGCUUCAACCGAUUGCAAAACGUAUAUAAAAACAAAUUUCCAUGAUUUGGAAAUGAUUUCAGAAGACUCUGAUAUUGAUAAAUAUUUUCCCACAACAUAAAACUAAUUGCUAUUCUUUCCAAAAAUUUAUAUUUAUUUUUUUAACUAUUUCUUUAAAAAAAAGCGUCACAAAAAAAUCUGUUAUGUUUUCCUAUUACUUUUUAGUGGUUA